AUGAAUUAUUCAUAAGAAUUUUAAGUGUAGAAAUUUUUUGAGCCAUCACAAGAUGUUAUCAAAAUGAUUGCCAAAAAUGAAUUCCUAUAUAUUGCAUAUUCAAAUGAGAUUAUUGUACUAUCAAUAAAGCGUUUAACUCAAAGAAAGGAUAUUAUUAAAAAAAAAAUCAACAUACCUAAAUUUCAAACAUUUGAUACUUUAACUAGUGCUUUUAAUGAUAAUGAACAAACUAAAUUUAUUGCAUUAGCAUAUCGUGAAGAUUCUUACCCUAUAUUAUAUAGCAGCAAUCUUGAAAAAAGAAUUAUAUCACUUAAUUCUGAAUAACCAUAAAUUAAGGAUUUCUAUGUUAUGGAAGAAUAAAUAAUUGUUUUAUGGAAUAAUGGGGCUUUAGUUAUAGAUUAAUAAUUAAUGUUUGAUAAUGUAAAAGCGAUAUCAUGUUGGAAUAAUAAUUUGGCUGUGUAUAGAAAUAAUGAGCUUUUAAUUGGAAAUAUAAAAUUAAAUUUGAAUUAAGAGUAUAAAGAUGAAAUGAUUUAUGCACAUUCUCUUUUAGUUUUAUAUAAUUCAUCUUAAAUUCUUAUUUAUGAUGAUAAAAAUACUUUUGAGAUACCAUUUCCUGGUGCAUUAUAAAUAGAAAUUAUAGAUGAAGAUACUUUAUAUAUAUUAUGUGGAACUUAAAUAUAGAGUCUUAAAAUUAGAUCUUAAGAAAAAUAGAUUAAAUUACAAUUGACUUUUAUGAGCAAGUUUUAUCCAAUUAAUGAAUAAGAUUUCUUAUUCAAAAAUGGUAAUAUUAUGAUCUCUAAUAAAUGGAGUAAAAUCAAUAGAGUAAUUUCGGUUUGUAAAUCAUACAAUCAAAUUUUAGAGUUUGCUUGUCUUAAAGAAUAAGUAGGAUAAUCAAUAAAUUGUAUUAUUAUGGAAAAAGAUCCAUAAGAACUUUUCAGAUUAAUGAUUUAACCUUAAUUAAAUAGUAAUUUUUAAUAACCACUUAAUAUCAAUGAUUUUAAGAUAUAUUACUAUUAUCUCAAAAAGGAAAUUAUGUGUUUAGAAAUUGCUAAAUAAUUAUAUGAAAAAAAAAAUAAAGUUUAAGAUUAAUUACUAAAAUAAUAUAAAUUUGAAGACUUAUAAAAAGCAACUGGUAAAGCUAUAUUGAAUUUAUUAAUGUUAAUGGAAUAACAUGAAGUAUACAAAGACUUUUAUAAUCAUAUUUAUAUAUCUUAUCUUGAGUCAAUUAAACCAACAAAUGAUAAAAUUAAAAUUUAGAUUGCUGCAGUAAAAAAUAAGUUUGUACCAAGUCUCUUAAGAAAAGAAGAUAUUUGCCCAAUCUGUAAAUAAUAAUUAAUUACAUGGGUUACAUGUCCAACUCAUAGAUUUAUUAGAUGUUAAACUACAAUUGAACCAGUCUAUUUAUAAUAAUUAUUUGUUUGUAAAGGAUGUGACUUACAAUCUAUAGAGUCUAUUAAAGUCUGUCCAGUAUGUGGUUGUGAGAUGAAAAGAUUAUUAAAAUAAUGA